UGACAUCGUAUAUGAUUUAUGAUGUCAUUAAUAUUUAUGCGCAGGAAUAGCGUCGUUUAUUAUACAGCGUUCAUGCUGAAUCAUCGUGAUCUUGAUGGAGCUUAUCGCGGCAAUUCUCUCUCCCUCUCUCGAGGGAACAAAAAGAGCGGACCCGAGAUCAAACGUAGGCUCGUCGCGCCGAGGUUACGUCGCCGCCGACUGACAGCGUAAACAGCGACGCAGAGAUGAGAAAAAUUGCCGAUACGCCGCUUGCAUCCGGAUAAAAUCCGACUCGCGUUAUCAAUUCCCGAGCGAGAUCGCGCGAUGGCCGCCCGACGAUAAUCUAUAUUCUUCGCGCGGAGGUCCCGGACUGUCCCGACUCCCGAUGCCGAGCGCGAGACUGCUUCGCGCUUCGAGAAGCUCGAUCGUUUUUCUCUCGCGUAGCGCACGUAUCGGUCGAUCAGGCACGCUAGACGCCGCGAUGGCCCAACGAAUCUUCAAGGGCCACUACGAUCACUAUAACGGCAUCACAAUCGAUUCGGCUGAAGAGAUCUGCGACAAUAAGAUAUUCCCGCAGCGUCUCAAAGAUUCUUUAGAGCAAUGGACAAGGGACAAGAGACGCACUAUAUGGUUUCGCGUGCACAUACCGCACACCGAAUGGGUUCCGAUAUUAACAGGGCAUGGAUUCAUCUUCCAUCAUGCGAAAGAAGAAUACGUCAUGUUAUAUCGUUGGUUGCCCACCGACGAGGAGUGUAAUGUCCCAAAAUAUGCGCAUACAUUUUUAGGCGUUGGCGCAUUUGUGUUCAACAAGGAUACCGGCGAAAUUCUUGUCAUCAAAGAAAGAUAUGCCCCUACUAAAGCAAGCUGGAAGCUUCCAGGAGGCUACGUAGAGCCAGGAGAGAACAUUGAAACGGCAGCCAAAAGAGAGGUUCUGGAAGAGACGGGAAUUCAGGCAGACUUCAAAUGUUUAAUAUCUUUUAGACACGGGCACGAUUAUUCCUUCGGGUGCUCGGAUAUAUACAUGAUUGCGUACCUAACACCUCAGAAUUUUGAAAUCGAGAGCUGCAAACGGGAGAUCUCUGAAUGCAAAUGGAUGAAGCUAAGCGAAUUCAUGCAACAUCCAGAAGUACAUGCAAAUAAUAAAACUUUAGCAACAAAAACAAUAGAUUUUCUUCGACACCAAAUGGGCAUGGUUGUAAAUUAUGGAGUACAUCCCCUUACAAAAAAGCAAAUAUGUGUAUACAGUGUGGAGAAUACAGACAUUGGAGAUGCAUCUGUAGAAUAAACGUUUUAUCUUAAAAAAAAAAAGAUGUGUAUAUAGAAUGAAAUACUAGACAUUUUAUAAUAAUAGCAAUAAUGCGGAAAACAUGCCACUAAGGUUUCUGUUUCUACCAUUACUAUAGAAAUAAAAUAGAAAUAUACAAGCUAAUAAUAGAUAAUAUAAUUAAAUAAUGAUAUUAAAAUGUUAAAUAAUAUUGCAAAUUAAGGACCAGAUAUUUUGAGAAACUAAUAAAUUGUAUAUUAAUUUGAA